AUGGGGUACACGCUUGUGAACGCGAAAGUCGCCGCCGCGGCGACGUUAGCUGUUUCUAUUUGUGUGAUACGUGUUCUCUGGGGCGUACUAACAAAUCCACCCGGCAUUCCAAGCCCAACUUUUCCCCCAUUCCCAGGCGACGGGAUCAUGGAUCGCUACCUCAAGCGGUUUCUUCUACAGCAUUUCUAUGUGAUGCGCAAGGGGGAAUCGAUGCUCCACCUCCUGCAGUGGACGCGCCUCUUCAAUGAGAGGCCCUUUCUAAUGCGCAUUUUUUUUCGCCGCCACAUUGUCAUUUCAAAGGCGGCCGACAUUGAAGAGGUGCUGCUGCGGCAGGAGUCAUGCUUCAGUAAACGUUCCGGCUACGAUAGGUUGCGCGUCAUGAUUGGAAAUGGUCUGCUGGCGAUGGGGGAUAAGGAGAAGCAUCGAAAGCAUCGUCGCAUCUUGGAGACUAUAUUUCGUCCCACCAAUGUUAAGGAUCUUGCGAAUGGGGUGAUGCGCGUGCAUGUGCUUCGCUUAUUGGGGACUUUCCUUGAACUUUGCCGUCGCGCCGGUGACGGUGUUACCACCGUCAACCUUAGCGACUACGUUCGUCGUAUGACCUUUAGUGUUGUCGCUGAGGCGGCUUUUCAUGCCUCAGGGGAUGACGCUGUCUCUGUUCUUAAUGCCUUUUUGGUCAUGACAAGGCUGAACAAGCUAAACUGUCUCUGUCCCUACUACCGCACAGCCGCGCAACGGGACGCGGAGGCGAUCCUGAUGAAGUUAAGUAAUCUACUCAUGCAGAGGAGCCUUGAGAGUGGCGAGCCCCAACGCUGGGUGGCGCUGGAUGAUGUACUGAUGGAUGAGCUCAAUGUGCACUUUGACAAGGUGGACUUCCUGGGUCACCUCAUCACCUUCCUGUUUGCAGGACAAGAUACAACGAGUAAUACGUUGCACUUUCUUUUCGCUCUAUUGGCACGCGAUGAAAAGGUUCAACAGUGUCUUUACGACGAACUUGUGUCUGUUAUGCCGUUCCCUUGCAUAUGCCCAACAAUUGAGGAACUGAUGGAAUGCGAAUAUCUUACUGCUGUUGUGCGUGAAUCUAUGCGUCUUUUUCCUGCAGCCCCGCUUGUCUACCGUGAUGCUGACAGGGAUGUGCAUCUCCCAGCCUCUGACGUUACUCUGCAAAAGGGAAGUGUUUGUGUGGUAAACAUCUUUGGUGUCCACCGCAGCGUGAAGAUCUACGGCGAGGACGCUGAUGUCUUCCGUCCGGAGCGCUGGUUAGGGGAGGAAGGAAAGGAACUCCGUGUGCGAUGUGGUCGAUGCGGCUACAUUCCUUUUAGUACCGGAAACCGCAACUGUAUUGGGAAGACGUAUGGUUUAUACGAAGUCAUCCUCACAACAGCUGUGCUUGUGCGGCAUCUGCGCCUUGCUUCGGUCGGGUCGUUCCCCCGCAUGCAGUUUGCGUUUACAAUGACGUCACCGGACCCGUGUCGCGUAAAAGUACUGCUGCGCGACGACAUAUCCCACGAGGCGGUAAGCAACAGCAUGCGUUUGCUGCGCGAGCACGAGGCAGCCACAGCAUCCCCCGCGAUACAGAAUGUGCCUGCCCGUGCGUAA